AUGUCAGCCCAAUUUGGCGACGCGGUGCACAAAAAGGUCCGUAAAGGCACCCGGAGUUGUACGGAAUGCCGGCGUAGAAAAGUGAGAUGCACUUGGUCAUCUGAUGAUGCGCAAAUCUGUAGGCGAUGUGAAGAACGUGGUACAACUUGUGUUGCGCAGAUAUACAGCUCUGCUCCUGUACGGGAGCGGAAAUACAGUUCCCGUGACCGGAUCUCGCAACUAGAAAACAAGAUCUCCAACCUCACCAGGGCUGUUCGGAACAUCGAGUCAAAACUUGGCCACGAGCACACCGAGACCCCCGAGUCGCCCCGAAUCGAGACUCGAGGAUCACAAGACAUAGCUGAUUCCGAAGACGAUACGGAUUCGUCCGAGAACUUUCCCAGCGCGCGACCAGAGCAUCUUGAAAAUCUCUUCAAAAGCGACUGGAUGACAUCGAAAGCCAUCCAUGGCCGAGUCUAUGAGCCAAAGGGAAAAUCGCAUACUCAUCUCAUAGAUGCGGCACGAAAUGCUUUACAGCCGCUCGUACCAACCAAGGAGAACUUGACUUCUAUAGCGAGUUUUUCAUCUAAGUGGAUUGCGUUACAGCAAGCUCUGUUUCCCACAGGACGUAUUGUAAAGUCUCAAGAAGAAAUGCUGGAGAAGUACGAUACCAUGAGAUCCCCCGAUGUCGACAUCUAUGAUCUCUGCCAAUGGCUACUUGCGGUAGCGCUCACAGCACAGCAAAUUCCUGACGACCAGGGAAGUCCAACAACACAGGCCAGACGAUAUCAAUCAGCUGCGGCUUUCUCACGUGCCGUUUGUGAUGCAACAUUGAACACGAUAUUCAACCAAGACUCACUAUUGGGUACUAUUGAGGGACUUUCAGUAUCAAUGUCAUAUUUGCGCCUACAAUUGACCCGAGGCUCCUUUCUGAGGACCUACCUUCAAAGUCGGCGUGUGAUAGCACUCGCGGAGCUCCUCGGCUUGCCGAGAAUCGCUCGCAAUGUGCGACUCGGGAAGAUCAAGAUAUCCUCCGAAGCUGAUCCGAACUUUUCAAAGACUGAGAUAUGGGAGUCAUUAUGCGGAAUGGACAGAGCUGGUGGCAUGAUUUACAAUGUACCCGUGACAACUAAACGAUACCGCACGCCCUCUGUCAAAGACCAUCCAGUUAGUAUAAACGGGGAGAUCCAAUGCAAGAUCUAUAUGGCAACCCUCUCAGACCUCUCUCUCCGCCUUCAGGAUCUCGAUGACAUCGCAUAUGAAGAGGGCGAAGAGUCUGAACUCUAUGCCGAAGUGCUUAAGAUCGAUAGUGAACUGAGAGCUCUUGCAUCCUACACACCACAUGGUUGGUGGGACCUACCUCCAGAUGGGGAGAAUCCAGAAUGUCAUUUACAAUUCUGGCAUCUAUUCAUCACAAUGAGAGCUCAUCUACCAUUUCUCCUCCGGCGAGACCCAUCAGACAAGUAUGCAUACAGCAGAAUUGCUGGGAUGGAUGCCUGCAGGUCCGUGUCGCAGCGAUACCUUCAUAUUCGACGAGCAAUUCCUUCAGGCUUCUUCAUCUGCAAGCCCAUGGAUAUGGAAGGAUUUAUCUCUACAACUGUUCUGCUUCUGGCAACCCACAACAUCCGCUUGACGAAACGGCCAAAUGAGACUAUUGACGUAGCUGAACUCAAGGCGUUGAUCCUAAAUAUCAUCGAGCUGAUGAACGAUAAGUCAAGUGAUGCCAUCGGAUCUGAUAUAGCACGUCGCGGCGCUUUAGUCCUUCGAUCUUUAUACGACUGUCUGCUGGAGGAUUCUGAGGGGAAAAGUACGCCCGAAGAGUUGACCGUAAAGGUGCCAAUCCUUGGCCAGAUCCAUGUACAACGAAACCCAAAACCAGUGAAACCAGUGCCUCAGGCUCCCGUAAUGUCCACGCCAGUGAACCAGCCGGCGACAUGGCAAGGAACAGCGGCCUUUCCAGAAAUGUCGACCGCCAAUGAAGCCUUCAUGGGAGGGGUUUCAACUACAAACACGGGAUGGUCCGCCGAUCCAUUCUCUUGGUCCAUAACGCACGGCCAGGAAGCCUUUUUUCAAGACGCGCUGAUGACAGGCAAUUUCGAACAAUUCACAGGCGCUCUUGUGACAGAUCAGACCACUUCAAUGGAUUGGUUGGGCACGACUUGGUCUAACGCAGGCUGA